AUGGACGUUGCUUCCUCAUCAUCCGCAUCACCUGCUCCAUCAACUUCGACACCAAAACCAACUCUGGAUUGGGCGACCCAAUAUGUAGCUCAAAUGACGGAUCAACAACGUGCUCUUCUUCAGAAAAUGUACGCACAAGAACAGGAGAGAAAACGAAAGGAGAAAGAGAAAAAAGAGCAAGAGGAGCUUGCCAAACAGCAACAACAAGCGAUUCUCGAUUCGUUGACCAGUCAGGUUCCGAUUACUGUAGAUGUCGUCAGAUCGUCAACACCACCGGAUUCGCAGAAAGGUGGAGAUAGUGCGUCGAGUAGCAGUAGUCCAGUGGGAAGUACAGAGGAAGAAGAGGAAAUACAGUUGACCGUCAAAGAUGUGGUCCUCGGAAAGUUCAAAGCGAGCCAAAUCGCCGCUCGAGCCGCUCCCAAACCAUACAAACCACACCGUUCUCGUAUGACACGCGAUCGUGUAUUCUACGAAUCACACGUCUACAUUUUCGACAAAUCCUCCUACGACAACAAGAAGAAGUUCUACAGAUGUGAGAAGAAGAACACGUGCCCAGCCAGGCUUCACAUCCCAAGCGAUUCGUAUCGAGUGAUUUUUAUGACACAGGAGCACAAUCAUCCAGCGCCGUCUGUCGAUCAUUGGGAAAUUGAUUUCGAAAAAGUUCGGACCGGAUGCGUCUAUCCGUUGAUUCAGCAGAAUCCCCUGCAAGGCUUCCAAGCGAGCUCUCUCCUCCCAACAUCAAUGCUCACUCCAAAAUCCGAUUUCGAGGAAGAUACGCCAGAACGAGUUGCCACUCCAUCACCAAUGGAUAUUCUCAACAGAAUGGUUCUUCAGCUGGACCAACGUAAACCAUUUUCCCUGCGUCUUCCCGACAAUUUUAAGCCACUCGGAGAGGCGGAAUUGAGCAAAAUUGAUAUGGCUCUUACCAAAUACUUGUUGAUUCAUAAUGAGCUGAGAGAGGAGUUGAUGGCAAAGAAGCAUGAGAUUCCAACAUUCUUCCCAGAAGCCAAAAGGGAGGAGUUGAGAAUGUUUGUGGCGGAUUACUGUAGACAGGACGCAGAGUUUCAUAUGCUGAAAGUGGAGGGGAGAAAUGAGAAAUCCAUCCGCACCGCCAUCGAGUCCCAUCUCAACCAGACAUCCACGAAAGCUCUCAUGAUGAGUAUCUCCCCAAAAAUCAACGUUCCACUCUCGCAACAAAUGAUUGACGACUGGAAAACUGAAGAAUUCAUUCGUCUGGAUUCUUCAAAACCCAACCAUUGGAAAAUUCAUCAUGUCACUAAACUUGAUCACUGA